CACAGACAAGUUCAGGUUUAUCCAGAGAACCAUGGCAGAAGGUGGAUUUGAUCCUUGUGAAUGCAUUUGCUCACAUGAACAUGCAAUGAGAAGAUUGAUUAAUCUGCUGAGACAAUCCCAGUCGUACUGCACAGACACAGAAUGCCUUCAGGAAUUGCCAGGACCAAACUCCUCCAGUGACAAUGGCAUCAGCUUUGCCAUGAUAAUGAUGGCCUGGGUGGUGAUUGCACUUGUCUUGUUCUUACUGAGACCGAGUAAUCUGAGAGGAUCCAGCACGGCCGGAAAGCCAACCAGCCCACAUAACGGACAAGAACCACCAGCCCCACCAGUGGACUAGAGCGUUCAGUAUUGGAAAAGUUCAGCAGCUGAAACCUUGCACGACCAAAUGAACGAAGUGACCAGAUUACUCCUAAACUCCAUUCAAUACUGUUUUCUUUUCUCAUUUCUAUAGAGCAGAAUUACCAUUCAGCAGUUAUCUUCAUUAACUGCUUUUAGCAACUUCAAUUUUAAGUUAAUUUUUGCUUUGUAUGUUAUUACAAUUCCUAGUAGAUUGUAAUUUGAAUAAAAAGGCAUUGCAGGGGUUUUUUGGUUGUUACCGUUACUGUGGACAUUCCACUCUGUCUCUUUCUGUUACAAUGAUCUUAAAUUCUUUGCAGUGAUUUCUGAUAUGCAUUGAAAGAAAAAGAAAAUCCCUGUGCAUCUAUAAUAAUGGAAUUUCUUCAGAUUAAUCCAUAUUUCUUCAGAUUAAUCCCUAUUUUUUUCUCCGGUAUGCUUUUGAGAAUUAUAUUAUGCAACUAUUAGCUUAGCUAUGUGGUAAAAAAUUGAAAAUUUUUUAUAAUUGCCCUGGGUUCAGAGCAGUUUUUAGUCUGGUCUUUGGACACUAACAUAGUUUUCAGGGUUGUUGGCAAAAGCACGGAU